GCAUUCGUAAUUCUGAGAAAAGCAUCACUCACGCACGCGACGUUUUUCAUGAAAACUACGGCCGCGUGAAGCUGGCAGCUGUAUAAAGACACUUGAUCCACGUCUGGCUUAUUAAUCGCCGUGUUAAUGAUGAACAAGAAACUGAGUGUAACGUGGGAGAGGACAGGUAGCUAACUUGUUGCGCAGCUCUCAGGUCAGCUGGUAGUAGCAGCUCACCGACCACAGAUGGGAGCGACUUUGUUGAAUCAUGCGUGUUGACAGCGGCACUAAACCACCAUGGGAGGUUCAAUAUACGACCAGAAGCAGUCUGACAUUGUCCAGGAAUGUAUGAACCGAGUACACACUUUGUAACUGGGACUAUCUGAAGAAGUUUAAAGUUGGGGAGUAUUUGGGGAUAUACGCCGCUGCUGCUCUUCCACUCUCCCGUCCCGGGACAGCCGAAGCCACUUUACUCAGCGUCUGGUUGAAUCCAGAAUUUCGCUAUUCCUGACAUUGUCUUUCGGGCACUCGACGAUUAGCUAGAGACAUAAAUGAUGAAGUUUAAGCCCAACCAGACCAGGACGUACGACGGCGAAGGGUUCAAGAGAAGGGCGGCGUGUUUGUGUUUUAAAAACGAGAAGGAGGACGAGGUGCUACUGGUGAGCAGCAGUCGUCAUCCAGACCAAUGGAUCGUGCCAGGAGGAGGAAUGGAACCUGAGGAGGAGCCCUGUGGGGCUGCCGUCAGGGAGGUGUACGAAGAGGUUGGAACCCACUGCUCUAGGAUACAUGCUGGUGUGAAGGGAAAGCUUGGCAGACUACUCGGGAUUUUUGAACAAAAUAAAGACAGAAAGCACAGGACGUACGUCUACACCCUCAUAGUGACGGAGACACUGGAAGACUGGGAGGAUUCUGUUAACAUUGGAAGGAAGAGGAAGUGGUUCAAAGUUGACGAAGCCAUCAGGGUGCUGCAGAGCCACAAGCCUGUUCACGCAGAGUACCUAUGCAGGCUCACAAACACCUGUAACCCCACCUGCAAUCCUGUGUGUAGCCCAACUCACAGCAACGCCCCGAGCUCCCAAGUGAUGCACAACAACACGCCUCACUAUGUUUUUUGCUCCACACAGGGCUCAGAUGUAGCCAACAGAUAGGACAAGCAGCUCGACACCGGGAUAAAAGAAAGACUUUUGCAUUACUAACGCAGCCUCUUAAUAUGUACAGCAUGGACUUCCUUUAAGUUGAUGUGAAACCCAUUUUGAGGGAGUGCCAAAAUGUUUUCCAAGUAUAUUUAAGUUUUUAUAUGUAUAUUUUUUAACAACCAUUACCAGGUGAUAGAGCAAAUGUGUCCCUUUUAAAGUGUUCAGCUUUAAAUGGAUUUUCCCAGUGUGCUGCUUAUGCAAUGUAAAGGUUCUGUUUAGUCUUCAAUUCAGAAUAUUUUACUAGCAGUGCACACAAGUGUUUGGGUGGUUUCCUGGAAAGUGUUUGCUUUUAGAGAAAGUCAUAUCCCCACAAUGACUCAGUGCCAAAUAAUGCCCUCAUUUACUACAAUUCAGUUUUUUGUGUGAAUUGUUAUGACACGUUUUGGCAGUAAAACAAAUGUCACCUCACUAUAACUUAACGUGAAGUAUUUCACGAAAAGAGAGCUGAGGGCAAAGUCUGUUUGAUACAAGAGUGAACAACACUGCUCCUCCUGUAAUUACCGUCUUACAAGUACACUCAGUAUCAUCUCUAGGCACUAUUAACAGAGUAACACUGUAAUAAAGAUUAGGCAAAUAUCUGCAAACCAGCCAUCAUACUGAAAUGGAGAGCUAAACAGUUCUUACUCAAACAUCCUUUUGUUGGUACAUAAAGGUAAUGUUGUCAUACUGACUGUUGCAUUGAACAAAUUACACUCACAAUGACUAGUGACAAAAACUCACAAAUGUUCCAAAGAAAAACAGUAUUCAACACUACAGACUGUAUCAUACAAGACAUAAUACAUAAACACUUAUUAUAAGUGCAUUUGACAAAUGUGAAGUCCUGUUAAUGUCUGACAGGCCUUUGUUUUAGAGGAGAAUCACAAUGUGCUUUCGUCUGAUUCUUCUAAGUGCCUUCACCAACACAAUAGUAAAUUAGGUUUAGUUUCCAGACACUUUAAACCCAACAGCACUGACUGGAAGCAGUACAACACAGUUGAAACCAUACCCUUAUAUUUCUCAGCUGUUGUUAGAUUUAAACACAUGUUGAGGAAGGAAACUUGCAAUUGUUACAAUUGAAUGUACAAUACUUAGUAUGCAUUGAUUGAAUUUAUUUAUUUAGGUUUCAUAGGGAAAUACUCCCUCCAUGAACAGGAAACUAUGACAGGAAGUCAUGGUCAGUGUGCCAGACUUUUUUGUCAGCAAUACAACAGAAAGGGAGCGCAAAUUAUGUGAUAAAUUCAGUUUAUUGACUAUUGGCUCUUGCACUUCGCAGCAUAUGGGGAUGAUGAUUGAUAAACCCUUUUUUUUCUAUUUGUGUAUGUGUGACAAAACUAUUCUGCGGUGUACCAUGAUGUUGUACAUAAAACCUUUUAAAUAAAAAAUGUUUAUUGAUCA